AUUUAGAUUCAAAUUAUGGAAUUUUACGUCAUAUUGAACCCACAUUUACGUCAUAAUGCUUAUUCUACAGCGUAUUCUAUUGAGAUUGAUGACGUAUCAAAGACGCUUUAUUACGUCGACGAAACACUUGACGCGAUAGUUGUGACGUCAUUGGAGGAAAACGCGCGAAAACACACAUUGGCCGUGAAUGAUAUUCAUGACGUACACAAGAUGACAAUGAGCUUAUCAAGAAGGAAGAUAUAUUGGUCAGAUAAAGGUCAACACAGGAGGGGGGUUAGGGUGGGGAGGAUUGAACAUAUGGAUCUCGCUGGAGGCGGUAGAGAGGUGUUGGUGGAUAAUAUUAACUCCCCGCAUUCGUUGGCUAUCAGUGAGCCAGACAACACAUUGUUUUGGACGAGUCACGUCACAAUAGGAUGGAAGAAUCUUAACAAUGGAAACCAAGGACAAUACAAACUUCCUAAUUCAGUUAACAGUAUCAUAGACGUCUCAUGUUACAGUCAACACAUGUUUAUUGCGAGACUUAACGAACCUUCUUUGAAAACAAUCCUCAUUAGUGAUGUCAUAAACAACGUAACGCACGACAAUCUCAACGUUUUUGGGAAAUCUUUGUUUUACAAAGUUACCGCGUUGAUGUUGUUCGUCAACAAAAGUUUGAACGCAGAUCCGACCGAUUGUUCUGUCAAUAAUGGGGGCUGUCCCCACAUUUGUCUCCCGGGGACUUCCCGUCCCCAUUGUGUUUGUGCAGAUCAUUAUGACAUCAUACCCGCCAACAAUACAUGUGUGAUGCGUCACAAUGCUACAGGUGACAUCACGCCCCCCGAUUUUGGCUCCUCAUGCCCAAGUGAAUAUUUCCUUGUAUAUUUGGAUGAAUGUUCGAACACGGGUUCGUUCAACAUAUCAACCCCGCAAGCUAACGAUGAUUCGGGGUCAGUGGUCGUUAGGGCUGGGCAAACACACCCUCCACCGUACAGACUCACACUGGGAUUCCACAGGUUCAGCUACAAAGCACAAGAUUUAUCCGGCAACACUGCUUACUGUCAAUUCUACGUCACCGUUCUAGAGCAACGAUGUUAUCGUCCUCCCCACAUCCCUACCCAUGGCAGCCCUUCGCCUCCCUCGUGUGGUUCGCAAUAUGGGUCCGUGAUCAAUGUUACGUGUGCUGGGAGUAAUCACACUACAUUCCAGAUACGAUGUGCUUUCACUGGACGAUGGGUGGCAACCGGAGCCGCCGAAUGCCCACCAUUCAUACCACCACCACCAACAACCACAACCGAACCCACACCACGAUUACAAACAACAACCACAACAACACCUACAAACGCACAAACAACAAAUAUUGCAACAACUUCCCAAACGACCCCCCCACCCAUUGCUGGUACAAAUAAUGGCGGGCCAACCCCCACUACCAUACGACUUACAAACCAACCUACACAAGAUUCCGCUAACCAAGCAAGGGGAAUCCCCGGACCUGAGAAACUCCAAGAUGGUUUCAUUGUCUUGAUUGUUCUUGUGAUUGUUGUUGUCAUAAUAGUGGCAUUGUUGCUUGUCAGAAGAUAUAUGAAAGUGUCAUGGCCGUUACGCGAAGCCAAGUUUCGGUCGAGCGACGAAUCUGUUAUGUUGGCUAACGAGGAUAUGCUAUGAUUAUGACAUCAAAAAUGAACUUAUACUAUUUCUAUGACAUCAUGAUCAACAUUUCUUUCACAGUUGCAACAAUGUAUAUAUUUAUUCCAUCAGUUCACUUCACUACCAGUGUGAACAACAUAUACCUGCAUUCACAGUAUUGUAUAAAUGUUGUUGACAAUGUAAAUCUCCCCACCUUAUAAUGCACCUUAUUUAUGCAACAUCAACCUCAAUGCAAAAUGUAACUAUAAAUAUAUUCUUAUAUUAUUUCUAUGAGAUCAUAAAAAUAAUAUAUAUUUAUAAUAAUAUACUAUUUCUAUGUUAUCAUAAAUAAUUUUACAUUUUUUUUAUGACACCCAGCUGAAGUUGAACAGGCUUAAUAAACUGUGUCAUAACGAAAGUCCAAAUUUGAUGAGUCAUUUUAUUUAUCACAACUCCUGGUUAUAAUAAAUUUGCUACAUUUUUUCUUUCUUUUUUAAACAUUUUUGUAAAAUCUUUUGGUAUUUUUUGCAAAUUUGUUUUGUAAUUAUUUUUAUUGUGAUUGUUUCUUGUUUCUCAAAUAAUUUUGUAAAUCAAAAAGAACGAAAAAUACAUUGAACCUUAUAAUUGCAGUAUAACGGUGACGGAAAAACAAUUUUAAUUAAACAAUAAAUCCCCGCAGUUUUAUGAUUUCCCAAAAUAAUAUUCGUAUCACAAUUCCCUAAAACGAAAUAAAAGAAACAACGAACCACGA